CUUAUGGCAAAGCAGGGCUGUAUGGUAACAGAAAAAGCACUAAGCUGAGUGACCACAAGACCUAACUUCUUUUCCAGCUCUGCCACUGACAAGCUAUGUGGUGCUGAGUGAAUCCAUUUCUCUCUGGACUCAUCUUCAUCUGUGAAGUGGGGGUAUGAUAAUGUGUAACCCUGUAGAGUUCUGUACUCCUGUAUUUGGAGUGGGAGAAGUGGUAGGAGGAAAAGACACCAUGCGUCUACAGAGGCACAGAGCAUGCUUUAUGGUGACAUGGUUCUCCGAUGGAGGAAGUUUGCCCCUCAGGAAACAUUGGGCAAUGUCUGAAGACAUUUUUCAUUGCCAUACUUGGUGGUGCUACUGGCAUCUAAUGCAUAGGACAGCCCCCAACAACAAGGAAUUAUUUUGCCCCAAAUGUAAGUAAUGCCAUUGUUGAGAAACCCUGCUUUAAGGGGGACAGCCUCCGUCUUUUGCUCCUCCCUUUUGUAAUCUUUGCAAUUCCAGGUAACUUCAUAUUUAGUUCCUUUUCUGAUGAUCCUUGCUGUUGAAGAAAUAAGAAUCUAAUUUGCUAGAUUGUGCUAAAGUUAUUGGUUCAUCUUCAGAUAAACGUUGGGAACUUUAUUACCUAGUGUAUCAUUAGAAUUGAAAAGCAGAACUAUUAGGAGUAUAUAUACACAUUAUCUAUCUAAUCUGUAUUUUAAUUUGUUAGAGGGAUUUGACCUUAUUCUUAUGGUAGCUAGAUAGACAGUCUAUGUAAGGCAGUUGUCUUCAUGUCUGGUGGUAGAACUUAAAAUUCACAGGGCAGACAGUUGGGAAGGGAAGAUGGAGAUAAAGUGAUGGAGAGCAGGGACAAGCUAGAACCAUGAGAAUAGACUAGGACCCAUCUCUCUUCUCACUGCCUCCAACCUUGGAGUGGGUAUCCUGAACAAGAAGCUGGUGGCCUUUGUCAUAGAGCUGAAAAACACCUCGCCCAGGAAUAAGCAGCUGAAGGAGGAUCCAGAAAAAGGUUUAGUAGUUUUAGGUCCAUCUGCUGCCAUAUACCAAGGUAGCCAGCAGAUAAGCAACAAUGUGUGUGGACUACGGAAUGGCCUGCCUUUCAGCCUUACAAGCUGAAAUACAAACUAGUUGCGGGUUUCAUUUCCAUCCUUAAGAUUUUGGACAGAAGUAGCUCAUGUGGUUCACUCUAACCCGAAAUAUGGGCAGAAAUUGCUUAAUGUGAAUAGGGUUUCCUUUUGUGGAUAUGAACAAUGAAGAGAAUUCUGGAAAAAAUAGUUAGUCCUAGCCACAUUGACAUUACAAAGCUACAAAUGAAUCCCUAUUUUUGAGAAUGUAUAAGUAAAAACAGGCCUAGAAAUUAUAUCUGUUCUGUUGAACAUAUGUGCACUAUACUGCUCUGGGAGGUUUUGAGCUUCACUUUCUGUUGAAGUUAGAAACAUCACUUGCAACAUUAGAAUGCCCCGAUGUAAGGAAGUGUUUUCUUAAAUUUAAAAACUAUCAUGUUCCUUACUUCAGGUGCCAGGGAGUUGGCUUUUAAUGAGAUUGGGAGUGUGACAUAGCAACCUUCCUAAAAGAGAGAUUAGAGAAACCUGAUGCAAGAGGUCAUGUAUUAUAUGAUUUUAUUUAAUAUGAAAUAUCUGGAAUAAAUAAAUCCAUAGAAAGCAACUUGAUGGUUCCAGGGACUGGGGUUGGGGAGAGAUGGGCAGAAAUUGCUUAAUGUGAAUAGGGUUUCCUUUUGUGGAUAUGAACACGUUUUGGAAUUAGAUAGAGGUAAUUGAACAAUAUUCUGAAUGUACCACUGAAUUAUUCACUUUAAAAUGGCUAAUUUUAUGUUAAUUUCACCUCAAAAGUUUUUGUUUUUAAAUUUAACAAGAGUACUAAAGACUUGAGUGCUUUUAAGUCCUCAUCUCAGUAUCACUAUUGCUAUAAAAUUGAUCUGUGAUUUCUUGAACAAAAGACAGGCUUGCAAGAGUAACUCAAGUAACGCUAAGAUCUGUAUAAUACUCAAGUCUGGGGGGGAAAAAAACAACUAGAAAUCCAGUCUCUUCUGUUAGGGAAAAAAAGAGUCCUAUACUGAUCUGUUUUAGUACUCCUAGAAGUAGUGAAAGGAACUUGGUUCUUCAUGUUCAGGUCAGGAAAACCUGCAGGUGGGGCUGGCCCCUUUAAGACUAGGAGACUGAAGUACUCUGGUAGUUAAGGAGUCAUAAUGACAAACUUUCUUAAGUAAUUCUACUUAGAUAUGUAUUAGUUAUCUGCCUGGACCAGAAGUACUGAGGAGCAGAGUCCAUCUCAGUUGGGUUGGUGAGAGUUGUAUAUAGAUGAAUUAAACAUCUACAAGUUUAUUUUCUAAAAUCUAGAUGUCUCUGCCCUAGAUAAGGGACCAGUGAUAUUUAGUUUGGGUUCUUUUCUACCCUAUGGGGAACACAGAAAGUUUAGUUAAAGGGAGGAUUUCCUUGAAAUAAGGUCCUAUGUGUCCUGUCCUAUUUCUGAAACCUAGGGAAUGGAAGGGAGAAGAUCCUGCCCAUGAACACCUCUGAAAUCCAUUGCUAAUAUAUAUUCACUUGCUGAAAACAAAUGCCUGUAGCCUAUGUGAAGCAAUAUUACUUUGGGUUUCUGUUCAAAUUUUUCAUGAAUGUAGGAUUCAUGGGCGGCUAGUGAUAAAGAAUCCUCAGGGGGAUCCAUACUUAACAAUAUGAACUCCAGGUUCAGUAUUGGAGAGAGAGGUGCUGUAGCCUAUCAUGAGAACUUUACCCUAGGUACACAUACCAUAAGACAAGCUCUCCUGCAUAGAUCUGUUUUUCCAUGGUAGGAAGCCAUCUUGAUUGGUAUCUGUCACUGCAGGAGAUGGUGGCUUGAAAAUGGACAUGCUAGAGAACCUUGAAUCCCUACAGUUUGAUAGUGAGAUUCCAGAGGAAGAUCGUUUCUGGCUGUAUUUGCAGGGUCGUUCUCGGGGACUGAUGAUUGAGGCCUGUGCCCAUGCAACUUUCUUCUGCAAAGUAUUCUAUAAUUUGAGAGAAUUAUUACAAAAGAAUCAAAAUUCCAGCUCUCUCUCAACUAAAUCAGGUGACGUGGACAUAGAUGACAACAGGAACCUAAAGGUUGGCAUCAUUGGAGGUGGCCGUCUCGGGAAGCAACUGGCUCGUACACUGCUACAACUUGUCCCCAUCCCUGCUGCAAGUCUGCGGAUCUCCACUCGGAGGCCAGAGGUCCUGGCCGAGUUCCAGAAGCUGGGGGUCCAGUGCUUUUACCAUAAUUCUGGUCUGGUGGGUUGGGCCAACGUGAUAUUCCUCUGCUGCUUGCCAUCUCAGCUGCCUCAUAUCUGCAUACAAAUUCAAACCAGUCUUGAAAAGGCCUGCAUUGUGUUCAGCUUUGUAGCAGCCAUCCCAAUACCCAGGUUGAAACUAUUAUUGAACCACACCAACAUCUUGCGACCUCAGUAUCAUUGUGUUGAGGAUUUUGAGAAGAUCUGGGGAGCCAAUAAGGAAAUCACAGCUGCUCUCCAAGAUCCUGUGAUUCUUCGGGCUACCUGCCCCUACAGUCCUGAUGGGGGAAUAAUCCUCAAUAUCAAAUGGCUGGAGGGAUUAAUCUAUGCAGCCCUAAACAUGUGCACAGAAAGCAAUGUGGAUUGCCGACAAGCACUGCAGCUUUUGAAUCAACUAUUUCUUUCUGUUCACUUCAAAGACUGUAUGAAACAUGAAGAAUCCUGCCCAGAAUUUCAGCUACCACAUGUCAUCAGCAAAUCCUAUGUCAAGAACUUGCUUCAUAGAAGGCCUUUUCCUUGGUUUGAUCUGACUGCUGUGCAACUCAGGGAAACUCCCUUUAGCCAGUAUCACUCCACCAAUACUGUUCUUCAAGACCACCUGACCUACCUGUACUAUGAUUCAUUUGGCAUUGCUCCAAAGAAAGAAGAAGAGCCUGUGGAUCUCUUGGACUCUCCAUCCCAAUAAGUGACCUCAGGAAUCAGGAUUUUUUUUUUUUCCUUCACAGAUUCCUCUACAAUGGUUAGGCCCUAAUUAUCACAAUUGCUAGGGAAGUUAUGUGACUGCAAUCCCUGUUUGAAAAUUGUACUAGUGGCUCUUUCAAAUGUAAAAUAAAACAAGAGAUCCUAUAUAUCAAUAUGCUUGGGUAUGUCUAGCUUUCAGA